ACAAUCACAGCGAAAGCACGUAAAAUCAACACUCACUACCCGGUCAGUUGUAAACCUGCCAAUGUGCUGGUUUACACUUUACUUCAAAAGCCUGCUGAAUGACACACAUGUACGGCUUUAUUACGUUUCAACAGAUAUAGCUGGGGGGCAGUGAAAAUUGCUUCACAAGAGGGAUGCAAAUGCACAAUUGCUCAUCUACCAUUCUUGAUUAAAUCGGUCUCAGAAAUACAGUGACCAUUUUCAUGACAUGAGCUAUCUGGAUUCAACUCGGAAGGGAUCCUUAAAGUCAUUAUACAGGCCUAUUUGCUUUUAGAAGACAUGCUAAAGUUAAAAUAAACGGAGUUUCUAAUCUGCAGGGCUAAACUUUGGCCCCAGUGACUGUCGCUGCGGGGGUUGCAAGUGGCUAUUGUGACGUUACUCGUAGCAACAAGGUCAGUGUUGGAGUUGCGCGCACGGAUGCAUUUCCCAUCGAGAUUUAUCACCCGAGGAGACGCACUGUAAUGGGCUAUCGGCGGGGGAGAAUCUGGAAGGCGGUGGAUUGAACUGAAACAACUCUGGGUUUCUUUUCUAUCUUUUAAAAAAGAUAUUUUGCUGUAAUUGUCAUGAUGACCGACUUGUUGUCCGUGGUGUCGGAGGCGGAGAUGAAGUCCUUUCCAACCCUCUCUCAGCUCUCAGAAAACGACGUUGACAGCAUUUGGUCAAACGUGUCAUCUUUCGUGGAGCGACAGAUGACCUUGCAAAAGGGGGUCUACAUCGCAGGCCUGGGAACCUUCACCUUCUCUCAGCAGAAGCUGGACGUAGGCAACAAGUUUGUUUUGAUCCAGCGACCCAUCUUCCUGCUCUCUGAGAAGCUGUCCCAGUCACACGGCCUCAAGCAGGUCAAACCGCUGUCUGCAGCAGGGGACGUGCCACUGGUCCAGCUCAACUUCACAGCCCUGUCUGUGGAGAGCCCGUUUGAGCGUCACGUGGUGGAGGGCUGUGUGAGAGAGACUUUGCUGGUGUUGCUGAGAGCCGUGGCCACCGGACGCUCAGUCCUCUUCACCUUCCACGCCAUCGGAGAGCUGUUGUUCUGCCAGAGCAAAGUCAAGAUGAAGUUCUACCACGACUUUGUCACAGCCCUGGACGGCAGCGGGAAGCUGCUCUUGGCGCUCUCCAAUAGACCUGGCACCAGCAACUCUGUCCUGUUUGGGAGAUCCAGCAUACCAGGGACCAGCAGCACCAUCAUCCUCCCCAGGAUCUCUUCCAAACAGCGGGGGAAGGACUGGGGAGAGGAGGCCCUGGCCCAGGUCCAGACAGACUCAGACAGGAAGGAGGAGAAUAGAGAGUCCCUGAUUACUCCGCGGUCCAGAUCUAGAUACACCCUGCACCCAGCCAAGGUCAACGGGAUCAGUCUCACUGAUGACCUGGAGCCCAGACCUCCAGCAGAGACCAACACUGACAGGUCCACAGUGUCUAUCCUACCACUGGAGGGCGCUGCUUUGAAGGAGGGGAAGGUGAAGUGGGCGGACUCUCACCUGGACAUGCGCUGUGUCAACCACAACAGGGCUGGACAGGAGUUGUGUUAUCUGUGCAUGCAGCGGGCCCAGCGUAACAUCCCCUAUUACCUGGCAGAGGAGAGGCUGAGGGAACAGCAGGAGGAAGAGAGGGUGUUACUAUUCAACGAGCAGCGCAGAGACCAGUACUACCUACAGAGGGAGCAGGAGGACCGUCUGGAGAUACGUGAGAACAACCAGAAGGUGGCAGCGUUCAACCUGGCAGUGUCUGAAGCCAUGAAGGAGAAGAAGGUUGCUCGCUCCUCCCACUUCCAUGGUUCGUACAUCUUCAGGGGCCGUCCCCUCACCCCUCCCAGGGUCCAUAAGCAGCGCGGCUACAUGCAGGAUCUGCGGGCCCAGGCAGAGUGGAGGAAGGGCCAGGUCAGCCAGACUCAGCAGGACCAGGAGCUUAUUGACCUGCUACAACAGGUCCAGCUGGCACAUGAAAUCGCCUUGCAUAAGUCCCAGCAGCUCCACCUGAAACAGAAGAACACUAGCUGCUACAAGAAAGCCCUGGAUACACAGGUGAAGUACCAGGGCUUGGGCCUCCCAGCGCGCCUGCCCGACUCAGACGGCCCUGUGUUUGGCCAGCUGGACUGCACCCCUGCUGGGCUGUCAGAGCAGAGGCAGCGGGCGGAGAAGGUCUACCAGGAACAGCUGACCACGGCUAAUAACAAGAGAAAAGAGCUGCUCCUUAACCGCAGCACCAAACAGAAGAACGAGAGAGAGAUGCUCAACAGGAACAGGAAGGAACUGAUAAACGACCACAUCAACCGCUUUGAGAAGCUGCGUAACCUGCGGGCCUCGUUGGAGGAGACCUGGAGACGCAGCGCCGACCUGAAACGCCACCGAGACAGAGAGGAGAAGGAAUUCAUCAGGUCUGGGAGCAGUCUGCUGAUUGACCAGUGUGAGCAGUACCGCCGCUGUUACCAGUGCAAGAGGAAAACAGAGAACUGUGGAGAGACAAACAUCUGGAAAGAGUCUCACUACAUCCCUGGCUCUCGCCUCAUGGUGUAGACCGCUGAAACCUGGUCUCAGAGCAAACGUAUCCAUGCCACUCCAUUUAGUAUGAUAUGUUACUUUACAUUAGAUUACAUUACAUUGGCUUAACAACAUAAUAGCGGUCGUAAUAUAAUACAAAUUGUAGGACGUAUCCUACGUCUUGAUCGCACCAGUAUCCUUUGACCCGUUUAGUAUGAUAUAUCACACUCAACUGCUUUAGUAUGACAUAUCACACUCAACUGCUUUAGAAUGCUAUAUCACACUCAACUGCUUUAGUAUGAUAUAUCACACUCAACUGCUUUAGUAUGAUAUAUCACACUCAACUGCUUUAGUAUGAUAUAUCACACUCAACUGCUUUAGUAUGCUAUAUCACACUCAACUGCUUUAGUAUGCUAUAUCACACUCAACUGCUUUAGUAUGCUAUAUCACACUCAACUGCUUUAGUAUGAUAUAUCACACUCAACUGCUUUAGUAUGCUAUAUCACACUCAACUGCUUUAGUAUGAUAUAUCACACUCAACUGCUUUAGUAUGAUAUAUCACACUCAACUGCUUUAGUAUGAUAUAUCACACUCAACUGCUUUAGUAUGCUAUAUCACACUCGACUGCUUUAGUAUGAUAUAUCACACUUGACUGCUUUAGUAUGAUAUAUCACACUCGACUGCUUUAGUAUGCUAUAUCACACUCGACUGCUUUAGUAUGCUAUAUCACACUCAACUGCUUUAGUAUGCUAUAUCACACUCAACUGCUUUAGUAUGAUAUAUCACACUCAACUGCUUUAGUAUGAUAUAUCACACUCAACUGCUUUAGUAUGAUAUAUCACACUCGACUGCUUUAGUAUGAUAUAUCACACUCGAC